AUGGCAAAAACUUUUGUGAAAUCCAAGGAGAUGGGGGAGCUGGUCAACACAUCAUCCUGGAUGGACAAAGGUCUGUGUUCUCAAAAUGAGAUGAAGGAGGAGGAGAGAAGAUCGGGUACUUAUGGUGUGCUUGGCAGCUUGACUGAAGAGCAUGACAGUAUUGAAGAAGAAGAAGAGGAGGAAGAAGAUGGGGAGAAACCUAAGAGAAGAGGUCCCAAGAAAAAGAAGAUGACCAAAGCUCGCCUUGAGAGAUUCAGGGCUCGAAGGGUCAAGGCCAAUGCUAGAGAACGGACCCGAAUGCACGGUCUGAAUGAUGCCCUGGAUAACCUUAGAAGAGUCAUGCCAUGUUACUCUAAAACUCAAAAGCUUUCCAAGAUUGAGACUCUUAGAUUGGCCAGGAACUAUAUUUGGGCUUUGUCUGAAGUCUUAGAGACUGGUCAGACACCUGAAGGAAAGGGCUUUGUGGAGAUGCUCUGUAAAGGACUCUCUCAGCCCACAAGCAACCUGGUGGCUGGAUGCCUUCAACUGGGCCCUCAGUCUGUCCUUCUGGAGAAGCAUGAAGAGAAAUCUCCUAUUUGUGACUCUACCAUCUCUAUCCAUAACUUCAACUACCAGUCUCCAGGGCUCCCCAGCCCUCCUUAUGGCCAUAUGGAAACACAUCUUCUUCAUCUCAAGCCUCAAAUAUUUAAGAGUUUGGGAGAAUCGUCCUUUGGGAACCAUCCGCCUGACUGCAGUACACCUCCUUAUGAGGGCCCGCUCACUCCACCCCUGAGCAUCAGUGGGAACUUUUCCUUGAAGCAAGAUGGCUCUCCUGACCUGGAAAAGUCCUACAGCUUCAUGUCACAUUACCCCUCCGCCAGUCUCGGCUCGGGGCAUGUGCAUUCAACCCCCUUUCAGGCUGGUACUUCUCGCUAUGACAUUCCCAUAGACAUGUCCUAUGAUUCCUACCCCCACCAUGGUAUGGGGACCCAACUCAAUACAAUAUUCACUGAUUAG